AUUGCUGAAAUCCCCUGCUAACUUCUUGGAGCUUCCGGGUCCAGUCAGGUGGGCGUGGAGACUAGCCGCCAAGCGGAUGGGGGGAAAGCAAACGCAGGGCUUCCAGAGGUGGGAGGUCCUGGGGGUGGGGCCCAGGGGUCCCUGGAGAAGAAGGCCCAGGUGGAGUAGCGUUCCUAAGGCGGCGGGCGCUGGACAGUGACAUUGACAGGGGGAGGACAAGGAAGGCGGAGACUUGGCGAGGGGCCCUACCCAAGGGGAGGACCGGAGGGGAGUCCUAGGGGCCCGAGGGUCGGGAGGGGGCCGCGGAGGGUGGUGUCAGGGCGAGGUGCGCGGAGCCGCGGGUGGGGGGGCCGCGCGUCCGGGGAUCGGCGCCGCGGUUUGGGGAGGGGGCGCGCGCGCCUUGCGGUUUUCCGCGCCGGCUCGGUUCCCGGUGCGGGGUCGCGGCGGCGGGAGGCGGAGGAUGCGGGCUCCAGUGGCGGCGGCGCGAGCUCGGGAGGACGCGGGAGGAUGAAGAGGAGGCCGGCGGUCCGGCCGCGCGGCGCCGGGAGGAGGCGCAGGCGGCGGGGGCGGCGGCGGGCGGCGGCGGGCGCGCCGGGUGCGGGCCGGCUCCGGCGCGGAGGAUGAAGUGGAGCGUCCGCGGGGCCUGCGCCGCGCUUUCCUCCAGCCUGCUGCUCGCCUGCGCGCUCAGCGCCGCCGCCGUCGGCCUCAAGUGCUUCUCUCUGGGCUCUGAGCUGCGCGGGGAGCCUUUCCGGCUAGGGGCGGCCGCCGGUGCCUUUUACUCCGGGCUGCUGUUGGCCGCCGGCCUCUCGCUGCUCGGCGCCGCCCUGCUGUGCUGCGGGCCCCGGGAGGCGCCCCUCGCCGGGUCAGGGGCCGGGUCGGGCCCCGGACUCGGGGUCCCCGCAUCUCCAACGGGCGCUCCGGAGCCCUCUCCUGGAGAGACGCGGGCGGCUGCUGGGCCCUCGGGGAGGGUGAACAGCCAGAACCUGCUGCUCCUAGGCGUCCUGGUCUUCAUGCUCGGGGUUCUCAGCGCCUUUGCGGGAGCAGUGAUCGACGGCGACACAGUGUCCCUGGUGGAACGCAAGUACUCCCACUAUUGCCUGCCCCCGCGCUCGCCGGCCGCUGUCCCCGGCUCGGCCCCUGGCCCUGCAUCCCCAGGCUCCAGCACGCCGCGCGCCCGCAGCACCCUGGACAGCGCCACAUCCGCCAAAUGCCGCCAGCUGAAGGACUACCAGCGCGGCCUGGUGCUCUCCACUGUAUUCAACUCGCUCGAGUGCCUGUUGGGCCUGCUCAGCCUUCUGCUGGUCAAGAACUACAAGUCUUCGCAGGCCCGGCGCGGCCGGCGCGGCCGGCGGAGGGCGAGCCGGUCUUUGGCACGGCCGCGGGGCGGACCCGGGCUCCGCGCUCAGUCGCUGGCCUCUCGGACCCGGCGCGGCCGGCGGGGCAAAAGGGGGCGGCGGCUGCAGCCACGACCCAGCGAGGCCUCCAUCCUGUCCCCGGAGGAGUCCGACUUCAACACCCCAGGAGACUGCGCGAGCUUCGCGGCGCACCACGCUGUGUCCUACAUCAACGUGGGCGUCUUCCAUGCCUUUGACGAGGCGGGCGUGGAGGUGUGCUGUGGCGGGCACCCGUCGGUGGAGCUGCCGGGGUACGCGCCCUCGGACCCCGAUCUCAACGCCUCCUACCCCUAUUGCUGUCGGCCUCCCUGUGAGAUGGCGCGCCCUUGGGAGCCUAGUCGGGCCUGCUGAGUCCAGGCCCAAGCGGCCUGGGACACCCGAAAGGGCAGCAAUCGGGCAUUGCUUGGCGUCGUGCCUGCGCGUGGUUUGACACUUUUCUGGUCCGGCCCUGUGAGAUCUGCGAGACCCUAGGACACUCCGGUAUUCUCCUUUCUGUGUGAGGAGGUGUCUCCCCUCUGUGUCAUUCGUAUCCGGACUCCAUUUAAAGUUUACAAUAAAUGUUUGGGGUGGGCUUGCCAAUCACACUUCUCUUAGACAAGUUCGUACCCCCCAGGACUGAGCUGGGAGGUUCUGGGUCGAAUGGGCAAGAACAGAAAGCUUAUCCAAGGUGAAUUUCUUGCGGAGGACCUCAGCUGAGAGUACAAAGCAGUUGGAACUGUAGGAACAGAAGUGAAGACCAACCAACAGCAACACUUUGUACCCGGAUGUGCCUGCUUCUGUCGACACUUUCUUACUGUAAAGCUCUCCAUAAACAGUGAAAAUGUUUGGUAAAUUUAUUGCAAUUUGA